CCCCUAAACCCCUCGGAUGUCUUCCGUCACCACCCAUGCCUCCACCAUCACCUCCCUCGCUCCGUCGACGGGUGCCACCACCACCACCACCACCUCCUCUACCUUCUACACGAGGAAAGGGGCUUUGCUACUAGGCAAACACUCUUCUCAAUCUCUUCCGAUCAUAAAGGUUAGGGUUCUGUUAUACUGGGAGUUUGCCAGGAAGAGAUGGAGGUUUCAGAAGAAGUGAGAGAAAUAAGCAGUAGUAAUAGCGCGAUGUGCCUUUUGACUGACCCUGAAGGGGAGCCUCUUGGUGCUCCUCUCUAUCUCCCACAGAAUGCUGGACCACCACAGCUCCAGGAAAUAGUCAACAAACUGCUGAAGAAUGGCCACAAGAAAUCGAUUACUGGUAUUUCCUGGGAGCCUCUGCAUUUGCAAGCUCCUUGUUGCCGUUUAGUUAGUUCCAGCAAGGAUGGGGAUGCACGUAUUUGGGAUAUUUCUUUGAGCAAGUGUGUUGUUUGUCUCUCUGGUCACACUCUGGCUGUUACCUGUGUAAAGUGGGGUGGUGAUGCCAUGAUAUACACAAGCUUAUGGAGUAAAUGGGUGAACGUAGUGGACGAGACUCUUGCCGGAGUAAUUGCAUUAGCUUAAACAAGAUCUUCCAGGUCAUGUAGAUGAGGUUUUCUGUGUGGAUUGGAGUCCAGAUGGUGAAAAAGGAGCAUCUGGUGGCAAGGAUAGGCUACUAAAGUUAUGGAUGAACUAGGCAAUAGCAAAAUCAAUGGAGGUUCUGGUAUGAUACAAUUUGGAUUAUACUUGCACUUCCUACACCAUAAAUAAUUACUGCUUUCUUCGACUUGAUUGUUAUCUCAAUUUGCUUGUACAGCUAGCCCUUAUUUUAUGUGGUGGUAUGACAGAUUGCAUGCCCAGUUAAUAUGUUUAUCUGUUAAUUAAUCAUACCAUUGUUACUACAAAUCUGCUGGCUGUACAAUGAGCUCUUUGUCAGCAAUUGCUGUUCAUGGAAGAUGGCAGAUAUUUAAUUAUGUGUCUACAAGAGCUCGGUAUCUGUGCAAGAAGGUAUAAGUGCAAGAAAACACACUUCAAAGUUCAAUGAUCACUGAUGCAUGCAAUAUCCAAAAAUGCUUC